CCGCCGCCAUCUUGGUCUAGGAGGGAGCGGGCCGCACGCGUGAGUAAACAGCCGGAGCCGGGAAAGUCGAGGUCGGGCUGCGUCCGGGUGCUGCAGGGCAGCGGCGGAGAGGACGCAGGCCUGUCUUCGUACGUGGGGCGGGGGGCCGACAUGACGGCCCCGGGCCGCAGCCCCCUCGUGCCGCUGUUGGAGACUUUGGAAGACCCUUCCGCCUCCCAUGGAGAGCAGACCGACGCUUACCUGACUCUGACCAGUCGUAUGACUGGAGAAGAUGGAAAAGAAAUCAUUAUAGAAAUUGAGAAGAAACUUCCUCAGCUAUUCAGAGUUUUAAAGACUCACAUUGCCAGUCAAAACUCAGAGCUCAGUAGUGCUGCUCUGCAGGCCUUGGGGUUUUGCUUAUAUAAUCCGAAAAUUACCUCUGGAUUAUCAGAGACAAAUAUUCAAGAACUGCUUUCAAAACUGAAUGAUAUUGUUAAGAAUUCAGAUAAAAAUGUACGUACUAGGGCACUUUGGGUGAUAUCCAAACAGACGUUUCCCACUGAAGUUGUUGGCAAAGUAGUAUCUAGUGUAAUUGAUUCAUUAGAAAUAGUCUUUAAUAGAGGAGAGAUACAUUCUGCUGUUGUGGAUUAUGAAGCAUUAAAUGUCAUCAUAAGGCUAAUUGAACAAGCCCCAAUUCAAAUGGGAGAAGAGUCAAUUAGAUGGGCAAAAUUGGUCAUACCUUUAGUGGUUCAUUCGGCCCAAAAGGUACAUUUGCGGGGAGCUACUGCUCUAGAGAUGGGAAUGCCGUUGUUACUUCAGAAACAACAAGAAAUAGCAUCUAUCACAGAGCAGCUUAUGACUACCAAAUUACUUUCGGAACUCCAGAAGCUAUUUAUGAGUAAAAAUGAGACUUAUGUGUUAAAAUUAUGGCCUUUGUUUGUCAAACUUCUUGGGAAGACCUUGCAUCGAAGUGGGAGUUUCAUCAAUUCUCUAUUACAGCUAGAAGAACUGGGAUUUCGUAGUGGAGCACCCAUGAUUAAAAAAAUAGCUUUUAUUGCUUGGAAGAGUUUAAUAGAUAAUUUUGCUUUAAAUCCAGAAAUACUAUGUAGUGCAAAAAGAUUGAAGUUGUUAAUGCAGCCUUUGAGUUCUAUCCAUGUGAGAACAGAGUCUCUAGCGCUGACAAAACUAGAAGUCUGGUGGUAUUUAUUGAUGAGACUAGGACCUCAUCUUCCUGCUAAUUUUGAACAGGUCUGUGUGCCUCUGAUUCAAAGCACAAUAAGCAUUGAUUCUAAUGCUUCACCUCAAGGCAGUUCAUCUCGUGUAGCUACUUCUCCAGCUUUAAAUCCUGCGACCCCUGUACACAAAGGUGCUUCUCCAUAUGGAGCUCCCCGGAUGAACUUGAGUUCAAAUUUUAGUGGAAUGGCCACAAUCCCCUCUAUACAAGUUUUGGGGCUUGAAAUGUUGCUUCAUUUUUUGUUGGGUCCAGAAGUCUUGAGUUUUGCUAAGCAAAACAAACUUAUGCUGAGCUUAGAGCGACUUGAACAUCCGUUAAUCACCAGCUCUUCUUUUUUUUCCAAACAUGCAAAUACAUUUAUCACUGCUGUUCAUGAUAGCUUUGUUGCAAUUAGAAAAGAUGCUUCUGAUGCAGUUGUCAAUGCUAUUUGGAAGGAGCUAGUUAGCUUGGUGAAGUCAGUUAUUGAAUCUGGUAACAAAAAAGAGAGACCAGGUUCUGAAGUUUUGACUCUUCUAUUAAAAUCUUUGGAAAGCGUAGUGAAGUCAGAAGUAUUUCCUGUAUUGAAAACACUGGUUCUCAUGGAAAUUACAAUUAAAGGACUUCCUCAGAAAGUAUUAGGUUCUCCAGCAUAUCAGGGAACUCCUGCUUUGUUCUUAAUUCAGUUAAUUUUCAAUAAUAAUCUAUUGGAAUGUGGUGUAGAAGAUGAAAGGUUUUUUCUCAACCUGGAAACACUUGUAGGCUGUGUUCUUUCUGGUCCAACUUCACCACUAGCUUUCAGUGACUCUGUCUUAAAUGUUAUUAAUCAAAAUGCAAAGCAGUUGGAAAACAAGGAGCAUCUUUGGAGAAUGUGGAGUAUUAUAGUCACCCCAUUAACUGAAUUGAUAAAUCAGACCAAUGAAGUGAAUCAAGGUGAUGCCUUAGAACAUAAUUUUAGUGCCAUCUAUUGUGCACUGACUUUACCAAUAAACCAUAUUUUUUCAGCACAAAAAAUUCCAGCGGCCACCAUGAAGACCUUACUUAAAACUUGGUCAGAAUUAUAUAGAGCAUUUGCUCGCUGUGCAGCUUUGGUGGCAACUGCAGAGGAGAAUUUGUGCUGUGAGGAACUUUCUUCCAAGAUAAUGUCCAGUUUGGAAGAUGAAGGCCUUUCAAAUUUAUUGUUCUUGGAUAGGAUCACUCAUAUUAUUACUGUAAUGGUUGAUUGCAUCGACUUUUCACCAUAUAAUAUUAAGUAUCAGCCCAAAAUUAAAUCACCACAGAGACCUUCGGAUUGGUCCAAAAAGAAGAAGGAGCCCUUGGGGAAAUUGGCUUCUUUAUUUAAACUUAUCGUGAGAGUGAUUUAUUCUUUCCACACUCUGAGCCUCAAGGAAGUACAUUCUGAUACUCUCCUCGCUAUUGGCAACUCAAUCACCAGCAUUCUUUCCAAUGUACUUGGACAUAUUUCUUUGCCUUCUAUGAUCCGAAAAAUGUUUGCAACUUUAGCAAGACCUCUGGCAUUAUUUUACAAAAACUCAAAGUUUGAUGAAGUUCCUAAAGUGUAUAGUUGUAUGAACAACAAGUUAGAAAAGCUACUAGGAGAAAUUAUUGCUUGUCUACACGUCAGCUACACUGGGACUUAUGACAGUGAACUUCUUGAACAGAUCUCGCCAUUAUUAUGCAUAGUAUUUUCACACAAGAAUAAACAGAUUAGAAAACAAAGUGCUCAGUUCUGGAAUACCACAUUUGCUAAAGUGACGAUGUUGAUUUAUCCUGAGGAGUUAAAACCAAUACUAAAACAAGCCAAACUAAAAUCUCUGCUUCUGUUGCCUGGUUUGGAAAAUGUUGAAAUUAUUGAGGAAUCCAGUGGACCAUAUUCAGAUACAACAGAAAAUUCACAGUUAAAUACGAAGAUAAGUGGCAUGGAAAGAACCUCAAGUGGAAAAAGAGAUUCUUUUUUGGCACAAACAAAGGAUACAAAAGACAAUGUGAAACCACCAGUUAAAUUGAAACUAGAGUCUUCAACUCCAAAAGCAAAGAGUGAAAUGCCUUUGGAAGAGGAAAAGUCUACUGACUUUGUGUUUAUACCUCCAGAAGGAAAAGAAACAAAGGAAAGAAUACUAACUGAACACCAGAAAGAAGUACUCAAAACGAAGAGAUGUGAUAUUCCUGCCAUGUAUAAUAAUCUGGAUGUUUCACAAGAUACUUUAUUUUCUCAGUAUAGUCAGGAAGAGUCUAUGGAAAUUCCUACUUUAACGGAAAAAUCCAAGGAACAUUCCAAGAUGAUAUUUAAGGAGGAACAAAAGGAGAGUGACAUUGUCAUUGCUCAACAUGUCACGGAAAACUGUGGUAUGGAUGAACACCUUGAAAAGGCUUCCCUUUCGAAUAAUGAGUGUGGUUCUAUUGAGGAAACCAAUCCAGAAAUACUGAGCAGUAAUGAUGCCAGAAAAAAGGCUUUAAUUGUAUCAAAGAAGACGCCAACUGAAUGUGCAUCUAGUACAGAAAAUACAUUUGGUGUCAGCAGUAGCUCGGUUUCUAAUGCCACUAUUUCUGGAACUCCUCCCCCACAGCCUACAAGUCGAAGGCAAUCCUUUAUUACUUUGGAGAAGUUUGAUGGCUCAGAAAAUAGACCCUUUAGUCCAUCCCCCUUGAAUAACAUGUCAUCAGCUGUUAUAGUGAAAAAUAACCAGGAAGGCACAGCUAAAACAGAUGAUCCACCAAAAGCAAAGAAAAGAGAAGUGGCUCUUUCAAAGUCUGACUCUGAAAAAACAGUGCAUGGGAUUAAGAGAUCAGGCCGAAGGUCAAGUAAGCCUGAACCAAUAGGGAAUAAAAAGUCUAAGCCCUUGAUGAGAUCUGAUCAGGAGAAAAGUACUCGGGAAUCUGUUGAUGGCAUGGUAGCCUUCGAAAAUAACCCACCUGGUUUGCUUAAUCAAACAGAAUGUGCAUUAGAUAAUCAGGUUCAUCUCUCUGAGUCUUCAGUGGAGUAUGAGGAUACGAUGCUUAAACCCACAACAGAAAAUACUAUACUAUUAGAAAACAAUACCGUAGAGGAGAAAACCUUAGAAAUUAAUUUGGAAUCCAAAGAAAACACACCCCCAGCCAUAAUAACAACAGAUCAAACAGUAAAUGAGGAUAGUCAUGUUCAGAUAACUCCAAAUCAUAAAACCCUUAGACGAUCUUUAAGGCGACGUUCAGAAACAGCAGAGCCAACCACUGAUAACCAAGAUAAAGAAAAUAAUCAAAAAAGGGAAAGACGUAAGGAAGAAGAAAAGACUCUGCAGAGGAGUCCAUUGCAUGUAAAAGAUGAUGUUUUACCUAAGCAAAAAUUGAUUUCUGAACAAACUGUACAGGAAAAUUUAAUUGAGAAAGGAAAUAAUUUACAUGAGAAGACUUCUGGGGAAACCAGCGCUAAUGCUGAAAUUGAUGAAAAUAGAAGAAAGCCAGAUCUUGAGACUACUAAAUCUGAGGGAGAUGGUGCCCAGGACAUUGCAGAUAAAUCCUCUGAGAAACCAGUAAGGGGACGAACACGGUAUCAAACAAGAAGAGCAUCCCAGGGUUUACUUUCCAGCAUUGAAAACUCAGAAUCUGAUAGUUCUGAGGCAAAAGAAGAAGGUUCUAAAAAGAAAAGAUCUGGAAAAUGGAAAAACAAAAGCAGUGACAAUGUUGACAUUGAAGAUCAAGAAGAGAAGAUGGUAAAACAGGAAUGUAUAAAGGUUGAAAGUCAGACACAUGAUUAUAAAGGGAAUUCUGAAGUAGACAAAGAUACAAAAUCUCAGAUCUGUGAAAAAAGAGAAGAAAGUAAUACUGUAACUCUUCAAGAUUCUACAAUAUCUUCAGAAUUAUUACAAGUUUCUGGUGACGUAUCAAAUACUUACGAGGGAAAGAGUAAAACUAACAAAUGUGCAGAACAUUCCUUUUCAAAUCCUUCUGUACCAGAAUCAAAUCUAAGGACUAGAAAUGCCAAUAAAAGAUUACAUAAGCGAGAAUCUCUAGAAAAUAGUGUGGGUGAAUCCUCAAAAACAGAAACAUCAAACAUUUCUUUGCUUUCUGAAAAAACUCUUGAAAUACUUGAAUGCCAACACAAGAGAAGUAGGAGGGUGAGGAGAUCUAAAGGUUGUGAUUGCUGUGGAGAAAAAUCACAACCUCAGGAAAAGUCAUUCAUUGGGUUAAAGAAUACAGAGAAUUAUGAUGUAAAAGUCAGCGAAACAAAAAAGACAGAUGUGCAGACACCUGUAACUAUAUCAGAAACUUCUAAAGCUGAUCUGUACUCAGAAGUAAAACUUUCAGAUGAGCAUCAUAGUGUGAAUUUUCAUUUGGAUCUCAAGGAGGAGAAUGAUACUAUUAAUGAUUCAUUAAUUAUAUCUGAAACUGAGUUGAAAGAAAAUACUAUUCAAGAUUUUCUUCCUUCUGAAAUGGUAAAUUUUAAAGAAGAAACUUGUGAUAGGGAUUCUGAGGAAGCAAUAUCUCUUGAAAGCCAGGAGCCAUCUAAUAAAAAAUGUAAAACUAUUGACCCAUGUUUAGGCGAUUCCAAAGAUAUUUCACUGGAAUGUUUUACUUUGGAGACCAAAGAAGAAAAGCCAGAGGCUAUCCCCAAAAAGGAAUUGAGUAUUAUAGAGAACCUUGUUAAUGUUGAAGCAAAUGCAGAAUUGAAUCCAGGAGGAGUAGAUGCUACGGAAUUGAAUGCAGAAAAUGAUAAAUCUGAAGCUAGCUUCUCUGAACAAAAGAGUGUCAAAACUGAUAUUUCAGAGGAAGAGGUAACAGAGGAAAACAGUCAAAGAACGGAUGCACCUGAAGAACUGAGUGCUGACGAAGCAAUAACUGAGGAAUUUAAUUCAGGUAUUGGUCAUUCUGAUAAUACCACACCUGUAAAAGUGAGUGCUCAGUUAGAGAUUUCUGAACAAAUAGCAGUUGGGGAACUAGACAGAGGAAGUGAUGAAUCUGAUCCAGGCUCAUCUGGAGAAAUGAAUGCUGAAAUGGAAAAUUGUGAAGAAACAGUGAUUGGUGAGGUGACUGCUGAAACUGACUGUGUGAAUGAAACAGAGGAUGAGGACUUAACUACCAAAGCCUCUAAGCAGAUAGAAGCUGAAACAAAGAGAUUGAAUGUAGAAAUCGAUAGCUUUGUUCCCGACACACUUGAGAUGAGCACUGAAGAAGGAGAGGUUGACUCUAAUAAAACUGAAACAAAUAUUGAACCUAAUAAAUUUGAGGAAACAAAAUUAGGUGACAAUCAGAUGGUAGCGGGAAAUGAUGGAAUUUUACCGGAAGUUCACCAUACUUCAGAGAAAGUGGAGGAGACACCACAACCUCUGACAGCUGAAACAGCUGUUUCUGAACUGGUAUCAGAAGACAAUAAUACAUCUCCUCAAAAAUUAAGGGAUCUUGAUCCUUUACUCAUGUCAGCAAAUGACAGUCCUAGUGGCAUGCAGACACGCUGUGUCUGGUCUCCUUUGGCUUCUCCAUCCACCAGCAUUUUAAAGAGAGGACUAAAAAGACCCCAAGAAGAUGAAAUCUCAUCACCUGUUCACAAGGUUCGCCGUGUCUCCUUUGCAGAUCCUAUAUACCAAGCAGGAUUGGCAGAUGACAUUGAUAGGCGAUGCUCUAUUGUUAGGUGCCAUUCUUCAAAUAGUUCUCCCAUAGUAAAAAGUGUUAAAACUUCACCUACUGCGCAAUCUAAGCAUAAUACUACUUCAGCCAAAGGAUUUCUGUCCCCAGGAUCACGUAGCCCUAAAUUUAAGAGCUCAAAGAAGUGUUUAAUUGCAGAAAUGGCUAAGGAGUCUGUGCCAUGCCCAACAGAAAGUGUUUACCCUGCUUUGGUGAACUGUGUAGCACCAGUUGACAUCAUUUUACCUCAGAUUACGUCCAACAUGUGGGCAAGAGGACUGGGACAACUCAUUAGAGCCAAGAAUAUAAAAACAAUUGGUGAUUUGAGUACUCUUACAGCAUCUGAAAUAAAAACUCUUCCCAUCCGUUCUCCAAAAGUGUCUAAUGUAAAAAAGGCUCUCAGAGUAUAUCAUGAGCAGCAGGUGAAGUCUCGUGGACUAGAAGAGAUUCCAGUUUUUGAUAUUUCCGAAAAAACAGUAAAUGGAAUGGAAAAUAAAUCUAUUUCUCCUGAUGAAGAAAGACUUGCCUCAGAUUUAAUUGAUCCUGUUGCUUUAGAGACUCCGUUAUCUAAAAAUCUUGUGGCCCAGAUUAGUGCACUUGCUCUUCAACUAGAUUCAGAAGAUCUCCAUAAUUAUUCAGGAAGCCAGCUAUUUGAAAUGCAUGAGAAACUUGGUAACAUGGCAAACUCUAUAAUUAAAAAUCUGCAGUCACGUUGGAGGUCACCAGCCCAUGAAAAUUCUAUUUAGUGUUUUAAGAGAAAAUUGAAGUUUUUUAAAAAAAAAAUCACUGGAUUUGUUGAUUCAUAAAGUAAGUUCUGAAAUAUAGCACAAUUUCAGACUGAAUGUUUGCAAAGUUGGUAACAUUUCAAACGCUGAAGGGCAAUAUCUUAUUAAGGUCAAUUUUGUAAGUGAGAUCAUUUUUUCCUGUAUAACAUGUUUUCUUGGCUGCUAUGCGUAGUUUUUCCAAAAAUUUAAAUAUCUUACUGAAAUGUGAAAGCAAAAACUAAAUAGCAUACAUUUUAUUUCACUUACUCAUGUGUAUUUUAAU